GGGAUUUAAAGUAUUAUGUUACAUAACAGCUGACAAUGUCAACACUUCCAGCAUCUUUACUUACAUAAGUUACUAUGGUAUCAGCUGGGGGUAGAGUUCAGUUGUUCAACAUGGUCACAGUCCAGUACAUGGGAAGAAUCGUAACAACCAGAUUGCGCGAGUUACCAGUGAUCAGGAAAUAUUCGGUUGUUACUCAAGCAUAUGUACCUAAAUCCAAAGGUGUCUCUCAGUAUGAUAUCCAAGAUUUUUCCGAGUUCGUUGACAAAGGACGAAACAUUUUAGUUUUGACAGGAGCAGGUAUUUCAACAGAAAGUGGCAUUCCAGAUUACAGAUCACGAGGAGUAGGACUGUAUGCUACUAGCAAAAGCAGACCUGUCAUAUAUCAGGAUUUUGUGAAAAGUGAAAAAAUCCGACAGAGAUACUGGGCAAGAAAUUAUAUUGGCUGGCCUACAUUUUCCACUGUUCAACCAAAUGAUUCCCACAGAUUUUUAAAGAAUUUGGAAGACUUGGGUAAAGUUUGCUGGUUGGUCACUCAAAAUGUUGAUGCCUUGCAUCAAAAGGUGGGAAGCACCAAGCUGACUGAGCUUCAUGGCAGUACUCACCGAGUGGCUUGUCUGAGAUGUGAUUUCAAAAUAACCAGACACGAUUUACAAGCAAUGAUUGAAAAUCUUAAUCCAACUUGGAGAGGUUUCUCAGAUGUGUUAGCACCAGAUGGUGAUAUACAACUAUCUCAAGAAGAAAUAGAAGGGUUUUGUACACCAGUUUGCCCUAAAUGCUCAGGACCCUUAAAACCAGAGAUAAUCUUUUUUGGAGAUAAUGUUCCAAAGACCACUGUUAAUUUUGUUUUCCAAAAAGUACAAGAGUGUGACCAGGUUCUUGUUGUUGGGUCUUCAUUAGAGGUAUACUCUGGGUAUAGAUUUGUAUUUCGAGCCUCCGAAAUGAAGAAACCUAUCUUGAUUUUAAGUAUUGGACCUACACGUGCAGACAAACUCGCUGAUAUGAAAAUAGAUGCCAAAUGCAGUGAUGUUUUAAAACAAGUGUCUCUUUGUUGAUAGACAGUUUUAAAUUUAGUGUUAUUUCUGACAAAACUUUUCAAUGAUAACUGAAUUUCAUUGUCCAUUGUUGUGAUGGCUGGAAACUUUAUUUUAAAGAAUAUACCUGACUACAGGAGAGGGGCACCAGGGGCUUCUUUUGGAAUAUACCAGUAUUUGAACUUCAGGUAGAAAACUGCUGAAAAUUUUUCAAAGAGUAUUUUUAAACACCCCAAUUUAAGUUGCUUUCUUUAUUUAUUACCAUAUUUAUAUAUGUUAAAUAUGUGGAUACAACUCAUUUAUUCAUAUGUAGUUGUAAUUUCUUAUGCAAUCAAUAAGAAAUUUUUGUGAUAGUAAAAGAGAAUUUAUGUGAAUUUAA